AAUUAAAACCUGCCCUUUCCCUCAAUUUAUUAGAAAAUAAUGCGUUAUUUCCCAUCUUCAAGUCGUCGAGAUUUUCUCACAUAGCUAAGGCCAUCGAAAUGUCAAUUUCAUUCGGGUAGAACACAGCCAAAGUCGUACAUGGUUCCUCUCCAAAUAAGUUUGAGUUAGAUCUCUCUGUUUCCCGUCAAUGCUCCGGUGCACUUUCCCGGGAAAUUAAUAGCGCUUUUGCUUCAGUUUCUGUCCUCUGAUAUACCCUUUUUUCGCUUUCUCGUGUUGGGUUUUAGCGGGAAAGUAUGUCGGAUGCGUUGAUCAAUGGAUUGGCAGGAGCUGGAGGAGGGGUCAUUGCUCAACUCAUCACAUACCCUCUUCAAACUGUGAAUACUCGGCAGCAAACAGAACGCGAUGUGAAGAACGAGAAGAGGAAACUUGGAACAUUGCAGCUCAUGUGUCAGGUUGUAAAACAUGAAGGAUGGGACCGGCUGUAUGGUGGCUUGGGGCCGUCUCUGGUGGGUACGUCCGUGUCUCAGGGUGUUUACUAUUAUUUCUACCAAAUAUUCAGGAGCAAGGCUGAAGCUGCUUCUCUUGAACGAAUGAAGGCGGGGAUUGGAGACGGAUCAGUUGGGAUGCUUUCCUCUCUUCUGGUGGCUGCUGUAUCUGGGUGUGUUAACGUACUGUUGACAAAUCCGAUAUGGGUGGUUGUUACACGGAUGCAGACACAUAAAAAGGUCUCAAAGCCGUCUCUACCUGGUGGAGCACCUUUGACUCCUCUGGAUGAAACUGUUCCGGCAGCAGUCAAUCCUCCUUCCUACAGAACCACUCAUGCUAUUCAGGAGCUUUAUGAUGAAGCUGGAAUCAGGGGUUUCUGGAAAGGGGUAAUCCCAACAUUGAUCAUGGUUAGCAACCCUUCUAUACAGUUCAUGCUGUAUGAAACAAUGUUGAACAAGUUGAAGAAACAACGCGCCUUACGUAAAGUUGGCAGUGGAGUUACUGCAUUGGAGAUAUUUCUACUUGGUGCCUUGGCAAAACUUGGAGCUACUGUAGUCACCUAUCCUCUUCUAGUUGUGAAGGCUCGGCUUCAGGCAAAACAGGUGGUGGCUGGAGACAAAAGACAUCAGUACAAAGGCACAUUUGAUGCCAUCAUCAAAAUGAUCCGAUACGAAGGAGUAUACGGAUUUUACAAAGGGAUGGGCACGAAAAUCGUCCAGAGUGUUCUGGCUGCUGCAGUCUUGUUCAUGGUGAAGGAAGAACUGGUUCGGAGUACUCGAUUCCUUCUCACCAAGGGUGCCAUUGGCAGAGCAAACUCAAAGCCUCAAUGAUUUGAUAAUGCUUAUAUGACUCCAUUACAGGUCUUUAAGAAGCUAUCCAAGGCUGCAAUUUCUCUCUACAAUCUUUCCUAUUCAUCUUAGUGAAGUAUUCUUAACCAAACCCUUAUUGGAAAUUGUUAGGAAAUUUGUGUCCU